UUUAUGAGGCGAGAGCCAGGAUAAUUUUCAAGAAGAUGAAGGGAUAGAGAUGUUCAAAGGCCCCUCGGUGGAAGAUUCAGGUUGAGCGUUUGGUGGGCGCUGCCUCUAAAGAGAAUAAUCAGCACACUUAUGGCAGGGAUUUUGUGUACAGUAGUUCAGAGGCCAUUAGGCAGACUACAGACUGUGACAAAAGGCCUGGAGUCUCUUGUUUGUACAGAUUGGAUUCGUCACAAAUUUACCAAGUCAAGAAUUCCAGAUAAAGUGUUUCAGCAUUCACCUGCAGAUCAUGAAAAGUAUGGUGGGGAUCCACAGAACCCCCAUAAACUGCAUAUUGUUACUAGAAUAAAAAGUACAAAAAGACGUCCAUACUGGGGAAAAGAUACAAUAAAGAUGCUUGGAUUAGAAAAAGCACAUGCCCCUCAAGUUCACAAGAAUAUCCCUUCGGUGAAUGCAAAACUGAAAGUGGUCAAACAUUCGAUAAGAAUCAAGCCCCUGAAGCUGCCACAAGAACUUCCAACAGAGGCAGACAUGUCUAACACGUGUCUCAAGAGCACUGGAGAAUUAGUAAUACAGCGGCACCUGAAACCUGUGGAGCAGAAAAGUUAAGUCCUGA